AUGCCUCUGAUUUCCUACAGCCAAGAGUCAUUCUAUUCAAACAACACUUUGAUUAAAAGCGAUUUCAUGGAUGGGAUGAUGAUUUUGACGUAUUUCACACAUCUAUUCAGUUAUUUGUUCAAUAUAGUCUUGUUCUAUGUGGUCUCAAGGAAUAGAGCCAUCAAAACGAAAGCCUACGUAACCCAUAUGAUCUGGGUGGAAAUAAUUCUCAAUGUGUGCCAACACCUAUCCGUUGAAUUCGUAUUGGGAAUGGAGGAUCAAACGAAUAUUUAUGUUUUCAAAAUGGUCUGUAUCCUAUUCAUGACUCUUCAAAUGUGGACAGUCAAUACUAUUCGAUACACUAUGACAUUCAUGAUGGCUGCAAAUCGAUUCAUCUGUAUUCUGAAUCCCAAAUUCAACAAAUAUUUCGACUCGGAAAUUAUUACUUUAUUCGGGAUUGGUGUGUGGAUGUUGGCGUUUAUUGGUUCGUGGUAUCUUCUCCUCCUUGGAUGUUUCCCUCGUUUCAACACGUCAACUUUUGUGUUGGAAACUGAUUGCGACUAUCUCACAUGGCCAGACUUCAUCUACAAGUCCCAUUAUCUGCUGCUUCUGACAUUGAUCCUAAAUAUUUUGAUGGUUGUUUAUGCGAAACUUCGAAGGUGUGGAUUCUUUAACGUUUCCGUCGCCCGAGUAUCUGUAGUCGCUGCAACUCGUCGAUCUCGCCACGAAAACUAUUUCAUCAUUCAAUCUUUUAUCGUCUUCCUCGUGAUGGCAUAUGACGCAGCCUACACAUCACUUCGUAAAAAUUACGAGCCAGUAAUAUUUAUUACCUCAUAA